CCAACUCGACUACUGGUUACAGCACCAGACCUGUAUGAGAAUUGUUGAGUAUACAAUACUCAACUUCAGGGGAAGCAAAGAUGAUGAAAAAACUCUUUUACACCCUGUUCCUUUUUACUUUGCUCAGUGUGGCGGGUUUUAUUUUGUUUCUGCACUUCAGUAAAUACAGCUCUGUAACUCUUUUAACUGUGUAUCAUGCAGCAAAUGAAAACAUCAGCCUUUCUUCGAUGAUGCAGGAACAUGUGGGACUGAUUUGGAAAUGGACUGACACCACAAAUGCCAGACAAGAGAAGACACAGAUGCCACCUAAUACGAGCAAGUCUUUAGGACCCUGUCCUGACACCCCUCCAGGUCUUAAGGGUCCUCUCAAUGUGGAUUUUAAUUAUAAACUGACUUUGGAUGAGGUGAGAAAGAAUAUCAGUUCUCCUCUCAAGAAAGGAGGAAGGUACAAGCCACCGGACUGUAUCGCCCGACAGAAGGUGGCGAUCAUCAUCGCAUUCCGAAAUCGGCAUGAGCACCUGAAACACUGGCUGUACUACCUCCAUCCCAUAUUGCAACGACAGCAGUUGGACUACGGUGUCUACAUCAUCAACCAGGAUGGAGAGGGAGUGUUCAACCGGGCUAAAUUGAUGAAUGCAGGCUUUGUUGAAGCACUGAAGGAAUAUGAUUAUGACUGCUUUGUCUUCUCUGACAUAGAUCUAGUUCCUAUGGAUGACCGUAAUCUCUAUAGAUGUUUUCAAAAUCCCAGACACUUGGCUGUGGCUAUGGACAAAUUUAACUUCCAGUUACCCUAUGGUAGCUUCUUCGGUGGGGUUUCUUCAUUGUCCAAGAGCCAAUUCUUAAAGAUUAACGGCUUCCCGAAUACUUUCUGGGGCUGGGGUGGUGAGGACGAUGAUAUCUAUCAGCGAGUUAUCUUCCAUGAAAUGUCUAUUUCUCGACCUGACUUGGUGACAGGAAAGUACAAGAUGAUCAAACAUGAGAGAGAUUUACACAAUGAGCGUAAUCCAGUGAAUGCUGAUAAACUGAAACGCACAAAGUCGACCAUGAAUGAAGAUGGGAUUAAUUCCCUAAACUACACAGUCAAGGAGAUUGUUAAAGAUAUACUGUACACUUGGAUCACUGUGGAUAUUCAAGCCCCGCUCACAAUCUGAGGAUAUGGAUUUGUGACUAAUGUUGAUUCUUCAGUCAACCCUGUGUUCUUUUUAUAUACUGACAGGCUCGACAUGUAUCACAUGUGACAUGGAUAACACAGAAGCCAGAUAGACACAGAAGUGUGUUUGGUUGGCCAGUGACACGGUGAAGGGAUUUUAUAUUUCGAUUUUCAUUGAUACAAUACUUUCUUUGUCUUUAUUUUCAAAUGCAAUAACUUUACAAGUUGAAACUUGUAUGAAAUGUUUAAAUUAUUAUUAUUCCAUUCUCUAUAGGAUAUUUAACAUUACUUCUUUGUGACAUGAUUUUUUAGACUCUUCUGGGUUUAAGAAUGAAAAGGGCAAAAAUUUGAAUGGUGAUGCAUUGCUUGGUGUGGCUUUCUUUUUGACUGAAGGGUUUACUGUUUUGAGUUAGUUGUGACCUUUUGCAAUGAAAUAGACGAUCUGAUGAUUGUACCUAUAGUUUGUGAACUUGAACAAUGUUUUACCGAAUGUAUUUAGUUAGUGUAUUAGUGUAUUUAGUGUACUUAGUUCUGCUUUUUUUAUGAAGGUACCAGGACUCAUCAUAGCUGCACUGAGAUAUAAAAUAUGAUCUAUAUCUUUAUAUGCACUCUACUAAGAGCCCACAUUUUGUUUUAAAUAAAGCUUACAUCUUCUUACAUCUUGUGUCCUGGGCCCUUUCUUGUGU